GUCUAAGGAGGGGCGGCGUCAUCGCUCAGCCGGCUGCUCGCUGAGAAAGAUAGGGGUAGAAAGGAGAGAGAGAACGGAAAACAAGCCUACUCCCGAUUUGAUCUGGUCCCGCCAGAGUUUUUGCCCACUCUUCCAACACAGACCCAUCAUCAACCCAAUAGCUUUUACCCACUAUAAUCCACAGUCCGAUAGAGAGCCCACAGGGUGCUGCUUCGACUGCUGGAGCCGGCUGCGAACCAACGGAUUUUAUUUCUUCUGCUCCUCUAAUCCAGCGGGAUUUACAAAUACAUUCACUCAUCCCCUGGUUCGACUUUUACAAUUUCAUUUUUUUAUUUUGGCUUUCGUCCGAAGUUUUGUUCUGUAGCCUGUCAUUUUUGGUUAUCAAUCUUGCAUCAAUAUUUAUCCUUUAGCGUGAAUUCCAGUUUCUGUUUGAGAGCGGUGUGACAGAGGAGCUGGUUACACUAUCUGAUUUCACGAUCGCAACUUUUUGUUUUCCUUAAAUUACAGUUUUCUUCGCUUUUCUUUUCUUUUUUUUUUUUUUUUCCAUAUUUUGGACUCAGAAAAUAAACCACCAUGCACAAACUGUACAUUGGGAACCUAGGCGACAGCGUGACUGCCGAUGACUUGAUCAAAACCUUCGAGGAUCACAAGAUCCCAUACUCCGGACAGUUCCUAAUGAAAAACGGCUAUGCCUUUGUGGACUGUCCUGAUGAUCACUGGGCAAUGAAAGCAAUCGAAACCUUUUCGGGUAAAGUGGAACUUCAUGGGAAACGUAUUGAGGUCGAGCACUCUGUACCCAAGAAGCAAAGGACCAGAAAAUUGCAGAUCAGAAACAUUCCACCUCACCUGCAGUGGGAGGUGCUGGAUGGUCUGUUGGCACAGUGUGGAACCGUUGAAAACUGUGAACAAGUCAAUACAGACAGUGAGACUGCAGUGGUUAACGUUACAUAUGCGUCACGGGAGCAUGCAAGACAAGCCAUUCAAAAACUGAAUGGAUAUCAGUUGGAGAACAACGCCCUGCGUGUUUCCUAUAUCCCUGAUGAGACCUCUGACAUGGAUGGGACCCAACGGGGAACUGAAAACGGUCGUCGUCCUGGCUACGGGCCCCGCGGCGGACUCCGUGGGGGGUCUCCGAGCUCUGGAAUGCCCCCUAAACCUCCACAUGCUGACAUCCCUGUCAGACUGCUGGUACCUACACAGUACGUCGGAGCCAUUAUUGGCAAAGAGGGGGCCACCAUUCGCAACAUCACCAAGCAGACACAGAGCAAGAUUGAUGUUCACCGCAAGGAGAAUGCCGGUGCUGCUGAGAAGCCCAUCAGCAUCCACUCCACUCCUGAAGGCUGUUCAGCUGCCUGCCGGAUGAUCCUGGAGAUCAUGCACCAGGAGGCCAAAGAUACCAAGACAGCUGAUGAAGUUCCUCUCAAGAUUCUGGCCCAUAACAACUUUGUUGGCCGCCUCAUUGGGAAGGAGGGACGCAACCUGAAAAAAGUCGAGCAGGACACAGACACCAAGAUAACCAUCUCACCUCUCCAGGACCUGACCCUGUAUAAUCCAGAGAGAACUAUCACAGUCAAAGGCUCCAUUGAAGCUUGCUGUAAGGCUGAGGUCGAGAUUAUGAAGAAGGUCAGAGAGGCCUAUGAGAAUGACAUUGCAGCGAUGAAUCAACAAACUCACCUUAUCCCUGGACUCAAUCUGGGUGCUCUUGGUCUCUUUCCUCCUUCAUCCAACAUGCCCCCCCCACCACCUGGAAACGCAGCUGGAGGGACCCCCUAUGGCUCCUUUGGGGCCCCAGAGCAGGAGACUGUUCAUGUUUACAUCCCAGCACAAGCGGUGGGGGCUAUUAUUGGCAAGAAAGGACAGCACAUCAAACAGUUGAGCCGCUUUGCCGGAGCCUCAAUUAAGAUCGCACCAGCUGAAACUCCAGACUCUAAAAUGAGGAUGGUGAUUGUGACGGGACCACCAGAAGCUCAGUUCAAGGCUCAGGGCAGAAUCUAUGGCAAGCUGAAAGAAGAGAAUUUUUUUGGACCAAAAGAGGAAGUCAAACUGGAGACCCACAUUAAAAUGGCUGCUGCUGCUGCAGGAAGGGUCAUCGGCAAGGGAGGAAAGACGGUGAAUGAGCUGCAGAACCUGACAGCAGCUGAGGUGGUGGUCCCAAGAGAGCAGACACCUGAUGAAAACGAUCAAGUCAUCGUCAAGAUUAAUGGACAUUUCUACGCCAGCCAGCUGGCUCAAAGGAAGAUUCGAGAUAUCCUGACGCAGGUCAAAAUGUCCCAAAAAGGUGGGGUGGGUAGGAGCUCUAGCCCUCACCCUCAAGGUUUCACCGAGAUGGGCAGCCCUACACAGGGUCUGACUCAGGAUCACCAGCCGCGCAGGAAGUGAGGGUCAUCUCACAUGCUGUGUGGAUCCCACCCACAUGACAGAAGUGUGCAGACGGACAGACGAACAGAUACAGAAGAGUAAUACAUGGACCCAGCAAUAGACAGGGAGAGAUAUUAGAAAGGGUGGAAGUAUGCCUGACAGCCACUGAGAAAGAUCUGCAGAGAGAAAAUCAAAAAAUUAAUUCAAUCAGAACAUGAAAUGAAUAAAAAGCGGAUUUAGAUAAAAAUGAACUUGAAAACAAAGACCCAGUGCCAGGCCAGACAAGAGACUGAGUGUGGAUGAGAGGAUGAAGAAACGGGGGGAUGUAGAGGAUGAGUGAAGGCAUCUUUCUGGUGUGCCAUCAUAUGGCUGCAGAAAGCUCCAUGCUUGCUGCAGCUUCUCGCACACACUUUGGGCAGGUUUCAGUGGCAGAUGAACGUUAUUCUCCAUGUAAUGAUGGAGCGUUGGUGUGGUUUCUGAAACCUGUCUGAGGUCAUGCAGGAAAGAAAGUCUUAGCUACACUUAUCUGUGUGCAGACACACUGGAAGCAGCCGGUCAGUCAUGCUUUGUUCCUGCUCUACAGACCUCUCCUAUCAUCUGCAGCCAGUCUUAUAUUUUAAGGGCGUUUUUUUUUAAAUAGAGAUAUAUGUAUAGAAAUGUUUUAUUCAGAGCUAUUAUUGAUAAGAAUGCAGUGAGGCAGAGCUGAAAGAGGGAGUUGGGAAGCUGCUGCAGAGGCACAGGGGGUGAGUUCUGGGGUCACCCAUCCUGUACCUCCAAGCCGGUGGGGUUUUUAUGGAGGGGGCCGUAGAUGCUAACACUGCUCUUUAUACAGCUCUCUGAAAAGCAGCGGGAGCUGAAAAAAAAAUGAAGAAAAUAUGAGGUUGUAAAUAUAAAUCUUCAUGUUAUUGUUACCAAUGCUGUGUCUGAACACAUUUUUUAAUAAAAAAAAGGAGGAGUUGCCAUUACAUUUCCCUUCCCCCUGUUUAGGAUGUGUAGCAUACUGUAGCCUACAGUAAGACAAGGGAUGAGGGAGUACUUGGCACGCUCUUCCAUGAUUCGCUGGUGGAAGGACACAGCAAGAGACAGUAAGGAGGCGAAGUCGCAGCUGGUCCUGCAGUUCUAAUGCAGUGACUCAGCUCACAUGAUGAUAUUAAAGAACCAAGUUUACAGCACCCAGCAGCCAUGCUUGCUGGCCAGCGACCCGCACCUUCAACAACAUAUUUUAUAUAUAUUAUAUAUAUAUGAUAUGUGAGUUAGCCCGGCCCCCAUCUGAAUGUACCUCGCACCUGUGAGUCAGGUGCGAGGUUUUGAAGCGCCUGUAAGUCCUGCAAUGACAGACAGACGAGGUGUGUCUGAGACCUUCUGCUCAUUGCAUUCCUCCAGUGCUGGGAAGCCGAGCCCUGUCUGAAACAGGCUGGCUUUCCAGUUGGGGUUCAGGCCCAUUGCUGCACUGAAGUGGUCUCCACAUGUACAUACUGGUUACACAGUUUGUAGAGCUCAUGGGAAUGUGGGACUUGCCUUGACAGCACUGGAAACAAAAAGCAGUCUUCUGAAGCGCCCCACCCUGACCUCAGUAGUUUAAAUCUGACUUGAGUGAAAGCAGCUUCCUGGUUUUCUCUCCCAAAUCUGCCAAAGGCCUGUGGGCAGAGCCUCCAGAUCCUGCCUAUGUAUGAUAACGAGGGGCAGGAAUAUGGAUGGUUUCAUCAAGAUUAGAACAGAUCAGAGAAGAAAUGAAAAAGAAAAAACUACCUCAGGGUAAAAUUACCUCAGUAUUCCUAACUUUUUUUCGCUUGCUGGUGUUUUAUAUAAAUAGAAAAAAGAGCUAAUAGUCCUGAAUAUUUUUUAUUUUUUUAAGAAAAAAGUUUUUUUUAAGUAUAGUCUUGUUGCUUUGGUUAUUUUUUCUGUUUUUUUUUGUUUUUUUUGGUGAGGGUGGAUGGGUGAAUGAAUUCAGGAUGACAAGGAGCCUGUUAUCUUUUUAGGCAGAGAGAGAGAUAAAAUGCUGGUACAGUACAGAACACUGAGCUAGUAUGCUUUUUUGGUGGAAAAACAUGUAAUCUGUCUACCUGAAGUGUGAUUGGAGCAGCCACUGCCUGAAGUGGAAAACUGGCCAAUAGGGAGCAGUGUUACCUCAAGAGGAGGGUUCUGACAGGCUCAAGGAUGACCAAACACACCAAUCUGAGGGUCUUUAGUUGACCACUAUGGAUGGAUUUAUUCCUCCAGUCAGCCUCCACCUCUGACCAGUUGAGUUUCUGCCUUUUCCCUUCUGUCAGUGUGCCUGCCUUGAACCCUGAAGGACCCUCCUCUGGUGCCUUAUUGUAAUGAUAUCAUCUGGAACCGCUAAAAAGGAGCUAUGUUUCUCCCUCAGCAGUUUAAGAACUUCAUCUUACAAUCAGCUGUAUAAUUGUGGUUCAUCUAGAGCCUAACUGUACAUGUGACAGAUGGCUUAGAGCUGCUCACAUUGCAGGCAGCUCUGAUGUCUCUAAAUGUGAAUAUUUAUUACCUGUGCACUGACCAUGAUGCUCCCUGUUGGCUACAUGGGCGUGUAUGUAAAAGCAGGCAUGUGCAAGUUUGUGUUCCGAAUAAUUUUUUUUGGUCAGGGAAUGUUGUUGGGUAAAAAAAAGCAGAAAAAAGUAGGACGAGAACCUAUGGUCCCUCCAUGUGUGCAAACCCAUCAAGGAUGGAGAGAAUUAAAAACCUUCUGAAAAAAUGGGAGCAAAACGGCAGGAAAACGUCUGUAAAAUAGCUUAAACCUGUUCAGUGAUCAUUAUUCUUUUGUAUUUUUGGAGAAAAAUUCUGAAAAAAAGGAAUAGAAAUAGCAACAGAGAACAGAAAGAUUACGCUAGUCAUUGUGGGGCAGCCGAUGGAGGCUGCCCCACAAUGACUAGCGUAAUCUUUCUGGGUUCUGACAAGCUAAGCAUCAAACAGGGAAAAGCCUAUUCCAUCGUGUCUAUGCUUCUAUUUUUGCCCAGAGGCCUGAACCUCACAGCUCAGCGUGGUUGUCCUGUGUUGUUUUUACCUCUUUCAAAACCAUAGAACUCUGUUCACAGCCACCAAGACACAUUAGUUAGGAUUUAUUAUUCAGCCUACAGGUUUUUUUUAAUGAUUGGUUAGAUUAGAUGUAGUUUUUAUUUGAGUUUUAUUUUGACAAUACAGCAAGCUAUUUGGACAUAACAUCUGGGACGUAGUGUUGCACUAAUUGAUUAAAUAUGCUGACAAGAACAAACUAACAAAAAGACUAAGAACACCGAACUCAUGUUGCAAAAGAAAAAAAGGUUAAAAGCAAAGGAGAGGAGAGCUGGAAUGAUGGGAGGAGCGGGAGGAAGCAGGGGUGGUCGUCCUAACACCCCUCCCUCUUACUUCCACUGAACACUUUCAGUAUUUUGCCUCUUUAUUGUAUUCUUGGAAAAAUAAUAUUUGAUUUCCUUGAGUUUACAAAUAAUAUUUUACUUUUGGAGUGGGCAGGAUGUCUGGGUCCCUUGCCCUCUCUUGCGCUGGUCUCCAUUGUGUUUCUUUUGCUCACUUCUGUUAAAGACCUGUUGAUUUUCCUAUUUAGUCCACUUUUUAAGAAAAGAAAUCAAUGUUUAAAAUUCCUUGAUUGGAAAAUCUUAAAAUAGUUUUACUUCUAUAUACAUACACACAUCUAUGAACAAGACAGCUACUAAGUAUGAUGAAGUACUAACUAACAUGUAAGUCACUACAGGACAGGAACUGUGCCAAACACACGGUAGGGGCUCUGUCCAAAAUGCAGAGAAGCCAAACUGAGAGUAUCUGCAGAUAAUCUCAGAGAUAUUUCUGAAGGGAGUGUUAUUUCUGUGAAACUGCAGUGUCUCAUCUUGGAACUUAACUCAUCUUCUUUGUCUUUUUUAUGUACAAUAGAGAAAACACCUGUUAGGAUCAGCUGAAACACAGACACACAUUGUGCUACCUACAGCUUCUGCUUUGUAGGUCAGGAUGUUGUGAGAAGGACUGUCUUAGAAUUUGCUCUCAGCAGUUUAAAACCUAGUUUGGAACAUCUCUGGGCUUAAUCCAGGUUGAGUAAUUUAUUGUUAUAUAAAAUCAACAGUUUUAGUAGUGUGAUGCCACCGUUGGAAAUACGUCAAUAUUAAUUUCACACGCCAACAUUAAAGAUGUAGACAAUUUUGUUGUACUAAACUCUUUUCAAUAUUGUUUGAAUCCUCAUUUUAGCUUAUUGUGCAUGUUUUGCCCAUUUCCUACUAAAGUACUUUAUAUUACUGCUGAUCAUUUCUGUAGUGUAAAACUGGGCUUAACUUUUUAUACUACCCUCUAAAAUAUCCAGUCUACUGAUUUCAUGUAUGAACAACAGCAGCUCCAAUAUUUACUCUUUUAAACCUGGAAGCAUGUGCUAGUUCACUAUAUCUCAAACACCUAAGAAUCUGGUAAAUAUCUUUCUAAGUAUCACCAAACUGCCAGAUAUUUUAAAACAGUAUUACAACAGAAGAGGAGAAAGAAAAUCCUCCUUGUUGGCACUGUUGCAUUCAUUGACAGAUGCAGCAUAGUUAUGGAUCCUGUUAAGUUUAACGAAAAGGUUCUUAAAAGCUGGAAUUCUUAGUGGGAAGUCAGAGAUUUCUUACCAUCCCCAACCUCACAAAUAUUAUGGUUGCCUUGCAUCUAAAAUGUAAUGUUAGCUGCACUAUGUUGGAUGUUAGAUGAUGAAUUCUAUUUCAUUAAAUCUUUAAUACACAGUAAAAUGCUAGCUUUUUAAGUGAACAUAUUGCUACAGUGCCUGUACAAACUCCAGUGAAACUAUUUGCUUCUAUAGCUAAUGACAGUUAGCCUGGUCACUUAGCAUAUCACUUAUCACUUAGCAGACCCAACCAGUUUCUAGGGACUGCAUCAUGGUUAGUUCAGUCCCAGAUCUUCACAUAUUUGCAUGUUUUGCAAUGUGGAUGCUCUGACACAGACAGCAAUAGCUUAGAUUGAAUGAGAGAUUUCAGUUGGUAGAUGUUUUUCUGUAUGCAAGCGAGUCAAAAUGGCGACUCACUCUAAGCCCAGUUGUUUGCACUGCCAGCAGUGGUGCAGCCAAAACCAGGAGAAUGACUAAAACUGGCCAUCAGAAAUAACAAAGCAUGCAGGAAGCCUCCAAGGUCAUGGCUUUAUCCUGGCAGAGCUUACAAGCUUGUCUUUAACUGACUCUGGUUUGGGGAUAUUUAUGUGCAUAGUAUUUUACAGCGCUGUAGCUGCAUCAGAACUCCUGAAUACCAGGCUACUCCCUGCUGUGCUUGAACAUAGGAACCAGGCCCAAGGAGUUAUGUAAUGCAGGUUAAAACACUCCAAACACUCUUCAGAGUGAUUAUUUGCAUCAAGUUACAAAUUAAAAAAUCCAUCUAAUAGCCAUUUAACCACAACAGUGUAAUGACAGCACAUUGUUAUAAACUUUAAAUUAAUGACAUGGUCAGCAUUAAUUAUGAAGUACUUAAUAAAUUGGCAAAAUAGAAAACAAAACAACAAAAAAAGUUAUCAAAAAACAAAAACAGAUAAAAAAAAAUCUUGUUCCCUUAAGUGUAGAACCUUGGAAAGUCAGACUUGGAAACUUCUGGUUUGUUGCAGUGAGUAAAGGCUGCACCUUAAAGAGCUAAGCUGCAGCAUGAACAUCUAUCCUGACAGAAUUCAGAGGAACUGACAAACUCCAAUGUGGUAUAAUGUCCCAACACCAAUCCCUCAGUGGAAAUGGGACUCAGUUAAAAAUGACAAAGACAACACAGUGGAGGGACACUGAAACCUGGAAACAGCAAAACGUGAUCCUCUCAACAUAACUAGCAAUGCUACCUCAAAAAAUAAUCAACCUCGGCUGGAAGUUUGUAAGUUUUCUGUUGGUGAAAAUAGACGGGAGCGAGCAUUCAGACAGCUGGACACAUGCAAACAGAGAAGAGGACACAGUAUUUUGUUAUAGCACAAUUACAUCUUUCACUCUGAUUUUACUCAGUUUUUGACAUUUUACAUCUGCAUCUAGAGUUAAAACUGAAAUAGUAAGUUAAAAAGAGACAUGCACAAAAAAUCCACAAUGUGCACAUUUUGGUGCAGGGUAGUGUGUGACAGGGGCGACAGCUGCAAGGUUUUGGAGAACCUGAUUGGACUAGUGUUGACCAAUUACAGCUAAGUGCUAAUUGUUCUUGUUUAUAUUACAUAGGCCGACUGCUCAAGGCUGACUGAAAUCAUUAAUCUAGCAUAUGUUGGAUUUUACAUGAGAACUGCUAAAAUUAGCCCCAGUCCUCCUCCAGCCCUGCCCCCCUGCUCCACAUGUCCCCUCUCUCUGAUUUAUCUCCGGAAUGGUACCGGAACCCAUGUAAUUAUUUUUGUUAAUCUACCUCUUCAGGAAAAAAGUAGGUAAGUUCUGUUUGAAAAAGUGAUUUAAAAAUAACACCCAUUGAAAAGAAUGAAGAUGGAAAUGUUUUGAAAGAAAUAUAGUUAUAUAAAUAACACGUUAGUGGCAUCUCCAUAUACUGUAGUGAAUAGUCUAUUAAAGGUAAAGAAACUUAUACUUCUUCCAAAGAUAACUUUAUUUACAUUCUCCAUUCUUAGUUGAUUUGGAAGGAAAUUUAUGAUGGGAUAUUAAACACAAAAACAGCUUAUUUCUUAUCUUCACCAACCCAACAUAUGUUAGAUUUCUUUUUCCAGUUUGCAUUUAUUUUUUUAAUUCAAUGAACUUUCUUGUUUGUAACUUGAAAAUAUUUUUCAUGUUUUGUUUCAUUUUGGUUGACUCCUAUUUUUCUCUCCUUUUUCUGACAUCAGAUUGUAACUUAUGUUUGGGUGCAUUUAGUAUUUUCUUUCUCUGUGAAAAGUUUUAGCGCCCUGCAAGGACCUUUUACACCAACUAUGAUGUAUUUUCAUUUUUAAUGAUUCAUUUCAAACAAGCAAAAGGACCUGUUUUCUAAGCUGACUGUUGAUGCUGGUGAAAGGAGGGAGAUCCUGUUUCACUAUUGAUUUGUGUUGGGUUCAUGUACACUGAUCAAUAUUAGAUUUGACCUCUAAAAAUAAAUUAAAGGAUUCAUUUAUAUACUUUUUUCAUAGGAACCUUUGGUAUAUGGACUUUCACCCUCUGCCUACCUGAUUUCUUUAUUUCUCAUCAACACUUGUUUUAAUUCCGUGUAAACAGAGCAUAGAUAUGAAUGUGUUAUUAAAAGAUGAGAUAACAGA